UUAUGGACUACUGGGAAAUCGUGAAAGAGCGAGUACGAAAUUGUGGUGGAGGUAAACAGCAGAAGUUAUCUGAAGAUCUCAAACCAAUAAGAUGUAAAUAGAGACGGCGAUGCUUUGUGAAAGCAUGUAGACAUUGAACGCGUAGUCAAUGCGAGCAGAAAUACAUCCAGAAAGUUAAACAAUGGACGUUAUCGUUUGAUGUGCGAGAAGAUGGAUGAAAAAUCCUACUACAGUCGGCUUUUCAUCGCAUUGGUGAUGGUGUUGUUGUUCGGCGUGAUUGUGCUACAAUAUGUUUGUCCUACGUCCGAUUGCCAGCUGCUACACCUGGCAUCAUUGUCCUCCAGAUUUGGGAGUCGAGCGCCGGGGGAUCGCGCAGACGGAGCCAGCACGGGAGAUCCGUACAGUUCAGAAGACGGCGCGUUAGCUCGAUUCGUGCCGCGAUUUAAUUUCACAAGUAAAGACCUUAAUCGCGUUGUACAUUUUAACAUAAAGGAGGACGAUGUUAUAGUGUUCCUCCAUAUUCAAAAGACUGGUGGGACCACGUUUGGCCGCCACCUGGUCCGCAACAUUCAACUAGAGAGGCCGUGUGAGUGCCACGCUGGGCAAAAGAAAUGUACGUGUUACCGGCCAGGUAAACGGGACACCUGGCUGUUCUCGCGCUUCUCCACCGGCUGGAGCUGCGGUUUGCAUGCGGACUGGACUGAACUCACUAACUGCGUGCCUUCCUUCAUGAGCAACCGAGAGUCUCAGGAGAUGCGCAAAACUCCCAGAAGAAACUACUAUUACAUCACAAUCUUAAGGGAUCCGGUGUGGAGGUACCUGAGUGAAUGGAGGCACGUUCAGCGUGGUGCCACCUGGAAGGCCUCUAAACACAUGUGCGACGGCCGUUUACCCACCCUAAAUGAGCUGCCCAGCUGUUACACCGGAGAUGACUGGUCAGGCUGCACAUUGGAGGAAUUCAUGGCAUGUCCUUAUAACCUUGCCAGCAACAGACAGACCCGUAUGCUGGCAGAUCUCAGCCUGGUGGGUUGCUAUAACCUCUCAAUAAUGAGUGAGAGCCAACGCUGGGCCGUGCUGGUGGAAAGUGCCAAGCGCAACUUGCGAAACAUGGCAUUUUUUGGCCUGACCGAAUAUCAGCGCAAGACGCAGUACCUCUUCGAACACACCUUCCGCCUGUCCUUCAUUGCCCCGUUCACGCAGCUCAACGGCACCCGCGCUACAAGCGUAGAGGUGGAACCGGAGACGCAGCGGAGGAUUCGGGAGCUGAACCAGUGGGAUGUGGAGCUGUACGAGUACGCCCGUGACCUCUUCCUCCAGCGCUUUCAGUAUGCGAGACAGCAGGAGCGCAGAGAAGCGCGUCAGCGACGUCUGCAGGAGAGGCGCAAAUUGCGUGCCAAGGUUAGGCCGUGGUGGGGGACGACUGGAAAAAAUGUUUUUAACCCCACCAAAGCACCACAGCAGACAGAACAAUAUUCUGUGAUGAGUUUUCCAGAAAAACAAGUGGACACAGAAAAAAAACUGGAGCGCGAGCCGGAAGGACAGGUGGAGGACAAUUGGUUAGAAGAGGAUGACAGUGAAACCAUGUUGGACUAUUUAGAAAAUGUGGAACAGUGGCGGUAGCUAAUGGCUAUUUGGGGGAUGGGUUGAUAUUAGAGAAAAUUGUGAUUCUGGUACACUACUAUACGGCGUACUUACAAUCCUUUAAGCUUCAAUCGCUGCUAAUAUUAAAUAUUAGCAUAUACGGGUUGUUAGUAGCAGUUUCUUUAUGUUCUGUUUUUCGUAGUCACACGUAUGAAGGUCUUUUGUAAAACACCAUUUUCAAAUAUCAGAUUUUGAAUCGUCUUGCAUGUCUUGUGAAUGUGAGAAGGUCCACACACCCCUUUCUCUUCGUUUAAAGGUACAGUUCACCCAAAAAUGAAAAUUCGGUUUUGAAAAAUGAAAAAGUUGUUCCAAACCUGCAUUUCUUUGGCCCCAGAACUGUUUGUUUUCCUAAAUUCUUCAAAAUAUCUCAUUUUGUGUUCAACAGAACAAAAAAAUUAUUCAAAUUUUAUUUUCUACUAUUAUAGUCAAUGGUGCCUCAGAAAUCUCAGUUGCUAACAUUUAUCCAAAUAUCUUGCAACCUUCCGGUCUCUGUCCUGAAACCAACACGGAAGUGACUUACACUGCAAUUCAUUGACUGGCCGCUAGAGACUGGCUGCAAAACAGAGCAGAAUCUCAUUGAGCCCCAUGUUAAAAUGCCCAACUUUAUAGCAGAGAAAAAGAUGUUUACAGCCUGCUACAAAAAUGAUUUUGGUCUAUAUAGCAAAUUUGUCCUUCAUGACAACUGUGAGGGGGUGAAUUUUUUAUAACUCAUUCGUUUAAAUUAUAUUAAGCCUUACAAUUCUGCAUAAUUAAGGGCGUGGUUUCGCCAACCAGGCACCUCAGCUGCACCCAAGUCCCGCCUUUUGCCCUUUUUUAUUAUCCGAGAUUGACGCCCUGCCAAGAUGGCGAUGACUGGCUCCGCAAAAUUGCUCUUCACAAACCCACGGACACUGCGUCCAUGUUUUGUACAGUCAUGUUUUAACCGAACAAAGAAAUGUAUACAGGUUUGGAACAACUUGAGGGUGAGUAAUUCCUGACAGAAUUUUCAUUUUUGGGUGAAAUAUCCCUUUAUUGAACCGCAAAUCACUACAGAUGAAAUGUAUAUGCUGAAUAUAAAAGCCAAAGUUUGGAAUGUUUCAAACAUGCCAUUUUCAGUCUUUCUGUAUUGAGGGAGAUUCUGGUGGCAGCACACUUAUAUUUACAUUCUUGUAAUGUAUGAAUAUGAUUCACCAUAUUGCCCAAGUGUCCUCCACAGUCACCUGCAUGUUACAAAUCAGUAUGUUGAAGUCAAAUAUUUGACUUCUGACUGUUUGUUAAUUCAACAUGACGACUUUUGUUGUAAAAAAAACAUGUUUACUUGGCCUUAUCUUUAUUUAUAUUUGUUUGCUAAUAUUAGAACCAUGGGAUAUGGGUUAUAUUAUUUUGUUACUUGAAAAUAAAAGCCGUUGUGACACGCA